AUCCUGUGAUUGAAGACUAACACAGCUCAAUAAUAGUGCCCAUAUUGAUGCGGACAAUAGCCCCUCUCUUUCUGUAUGAAAACGUCAUACGGAGAUGGCACACAUAAAAUCAUGAUGCCGUGCAUGAUCACCUGUCACUUCAAGUGUCACGUCGCUGAGGAAGAAGGGGAGAGACGUGAAGAAGGGCUUCCUCCGGGUUCCUGCAGCCUGGAAGGUUACCUGUACUGUGUGCCCGCCCCCCCUUCAGUCAUUAAUUCUUAGAGUCAUUAAGAGUUAGUCUACUAUAAAUCAACCAAAAGGGAGAAACAAGAAGGGACUGCGGAGAUCGAAGAGGAAUCUAAAUGUAUUGAAAGGGCUGAAGAGGAUGGAAAAGAUACAGAGGAGAAGGAAAGUGACACACCUGACGUGGCUAAUUUGCUCAACCGUCGACCACAAGCACGGGGGACGAAAACACAAAGCAGAGAAGCUCAGGUGGUAACCAAGAAGCCGAACCAGAUGGACUCACACGAGGACGUUAACUUUGAGCUGGCUCCCCUCAAACACAUUUCUUACCAUAACUCAAAACCAAAAAUCCAGAUCUCCAGUAAAGGAAAGGCCAUUGCAAAAAAAAGAGCCGCUCUCGGUCAGAAGGCAGCGUGCAACAACCGAAACAGGGACAAACGCUCACAGCUCAAAGCAGCAGCUGGGGCCCGCGGCUCAAGUGAAGACAAAGGACGAUGGCGAGUUCCAAAAGCCAUUUCACCAUCUGCGCUGCAGAGGAGCCACUCCGACCUGGCUCAAAGUGCCAAAGUGUGUUUGUUUAAUCAGACAUCAAAUUAAAUUGUGAAGAAUUAUUAAGAAAUAAUGAAGAAAAACACAAUCUGCUACUGUGAUCACUUUCUGUAAAAAUACAGGUUCAAAAAUAGGACCCUUUUUUCAUUCAGAUUUUAUACGAUGUUAAGCAACAUGAGGAAUUGUUUUGCCAGUGAACAAAAAGUGUAGUUGUUAAAAUAAAUGUCUGUUUUGUAUCACCAAAGACGGCCUUGCUGUACUCUGAUCACCUGAUGGUAAAAAGGGGGGAAAGGAUGUGGAUUAGCACAGUUUUCAUGUUACACCAUGUAACGGCGUUGCAUGUGUUUUGUUUUUUUUACCCCUCCUUUCCCUCCACUUCUGUUUGACACGCUGAAAUGUCAUUCCACAUACUUAGGGGGACACAGAGGACGCUAAGCCGCGGGUUUUACAACCUGCCUGUGUCGCCCCCCCCUUGAUCAUGAGUGAGGCCUUGCACACCUUUUCAGACAUGAAAGGUCUGGCGGCAGCUUGCUGACAGCUGCAUCCUCUACCCAAAUAACAACGAGAAGUGCUGGAAUACAACAGUUUGUCAGGCUGCUGCUGCUGCUGCUUUGUUUUCCAGGGACGAUCCACUUGUCUUCUAGUUAGUUGAGUUGUGUAAUUUCCUUGUGAUGUGUCAAUAUCACACUUGAUAGAAGCAGGAAACGCCGCACAGAAUAGUAAAAUAUUCAAUUAUUUUGGUCUUGAAUUUCACCCGUUCCACUAAGAUAUCUGUUGCCUCUUCUGAACAUUUAGUGCACAGGUUCUUUUGUUCUGUAAGGCUAUUCUUGUGAUGAGUUGGAACUGUAGCAUUGGCUUAUGUUUGUGCUAUAAAUGGCUCCAGACUGAAGACACACGCAGGCCUGUCUAACCAGAGGUGUGAAGAUCUCAGGUGAGGCAGCGUCCCCUCACUGCUUCAUUAGACACAUCACAGCAAACUGAUAAUUGUCGUCGAGCUGACUUUAAAGAGUCAUUUCCCGCAAAAGCAAUCUAAUUAUUUUUCUUUCUAUCACAUGAUGCGUCUACUUGGCCCGAUUCACACCGCAGUGAUAACGAACGACGUCCUCCGAGAAGGUCGCAUUUUGCCACUUGAGGUUUUCUUUGAACUUUUUUUUUCCGCCUGAGCCGUGAACCAAUAAACCUUCCGGAGAUCUGCUUCUGUAUAAAAACGCUUUGGCCCAAAUCGGCUGGACAGAAUCCGCCUGUCGGUCGCCGCUGAUGUCACUCGGACGCGCGGAAGUCUCGGGCCUAUUUCAAACAUGAACCUGGACGUUGUCACCGCUCAGCUUCUGUCCGAGUGGAAGAGCCACGAGAGUGCGUUCGGAGAAGAUCGGGGAGAAGAUCGGGACUCGCUUCAGUCCACCUCGCCGGAGUCCUCGCUGGACUCCCUGUGCUCGUCCCCGGAGAUGUGCUUCUCGGGCGGGAGCGGGGAGCUGGAGGACUUCUCUUUCGGCUUCACGGGGCGGAGGGCUGCUUCGGCGCAGAGGCUGGGCAAGCCCAAGAUGUCCACCAAAAGACGCAUGAAGGCCAGCGAGAGGGAGAAGAUGCGGAUGAGGAGUCUCGCGGAGGCUCUGCACCAUCUCCGAGACUACCUUCCGCCGGACUACAGCAGGAGAGGCCAACCCUUGACCAAGAUUCAAACCCUCAAAUACACGAUCGAAUACAUCAACAAGCUUUCGGACAUCCUGAGCCGCGCGUAACGGGACGCAGUUGACUUUUUACGCACCGGGUUUAGUGGACUUUAGUGGAUUUUAUGAGAGCUACGACACCUUUGAGAUAACUUCAUCUUAUGAUCUCAUAUAUUAUGACCUUGGUUUGCAAUUUUCUUGAUUUUUAUUUUAUUUUAGUGGGCACUUGGCAAUUUUUUUGUAGCCUAUGAGGCUUUUUUGAUGGAGAUACAGUGUGCUGUUUGUUGUCAUGUAUGUUUCUCUUGUGGUGUCUCAAAGCUUAUGAAAUAUAGUUUUACUGAUGAAUUGUCUCUCUUUAGCAGAUAUGUUUGUGUUAACAUAUAACUUGGUGUCUUUGGUGUUUUGUGUUUUUAAAGUAAACUAGAGUAAGCCACAUGAUA